CGCCCCCGUCAAGGCUGGUGGCGGCCUGGCGGCAGUCCUGCGCCAUCGGACGGAUCGGAUCGGACAAUCAGACCACCAGUCGGCACCCAACGGGCACAGCGCAGCACCGCGUCGCAGCGUCCGCCCGCGACCAGCGAGAGGAGCGAGGCAGUCAGCGGUCGUCUUCAGCCACGCCCACGACGCACCGCUACACCAUGUGGACUCUUCUCUCUCUCGUCGGUCUCUGCGCCCUGCAGUCGGCGUUCGGAGCUGUUUUGACCGUAAUCCCGGAUCUCAAUCUGAAUGGCGACAAGCUGAAGGGGCCGGCCAUGCAGAUGGUCGUCAACACCGACAACAAUGUCUUGAAAAUCCAGUUCACCGCGCCCUACGUCCAGAGCGACUCGGCGGACAACCGCGUGCACCUUUUCCUCGCAAACGCCGACCACAGGAUCACUGAAGUGGAGUUCACUCCGUCGUCGAGCACCCUCCGCCUGUACUGGGCGCCCUUCAACGUGCUGCGCACCGUGUCCGUGGACGACGACCCCGCCACCUUCACGGCCAGCACCGAGGUGGGCGCCGACAAGGCGACCUGGACGGGCACCGCCACCGUGGCCCAGGACCUGCUGCCGCCCAGGAUCUCGCGGUACAACGCGGCCAACGUGCACCCCGCCGCGGCGGGCAGCAGCGUGCUGCAGUACGACGCGCUCUACGCCAUCACCAACUACGCCAUCUCCGUGCCCGACUUGAUGGUUCUCUCUCGCUACAAGGAACUUGGCCCAAGAUUCUUAUUCAACAACGAUGGAGUAGAGUACUCCAAGCAAUGGCAGGCCAAAAACUGAAGAGGGGCUGGAAGUAGGAUUAAGAUAUACUAUUUUAAAAUUAUAAAUACACAGUAAAUAUUUUUUGAAAAAUAGAAUUUAUUUCUGUGAUAGGCAUUUCAUCAAACACAAAAUUAUCAGUCUAGAAUGUUUACUGCUUUCAUAUAAUCCAGGUACAAAGAUAAAAGCUGUACACAAGACGACAAGCAAAGAUAAAGAAAAUUUCAUGAUCACCACCAUUCAGUAAUCAAGGAGAAUCAAAAACAUUUAAAACUUGCAGAGUGAAAACACCAGCAACACUCAUUAGAAUUCCCAACAACAAGAAAAAUGAUCCAAAAAUACAGCAUGUAUCUAUAAAAGAAGCUUUGUGAUGACUUGGCAAACAGAUAACUUAAUCAAAAAAUCUCAUAAAAAAAGAAUAACAAAUAAAAUUAACAUAAAUAACAGGGUGAUGAUUAGUUUUAGGUUCAAUCUGCAUCAACUAAUAUUAUACAAGUUACAAAUUGAUCAGAAUACAUGUACAAGGUGAAACAGAAUCAACUAGUGAACUGCAUACAAACUUUUUCACUCACUGA